UGUGAACACAACUGCACUAAUACAAAUGGUUCUUACUAUUGUUCAUGUUUUACUGGAUACAGGUUACACAAGAAAAGAUUUUGUUCAGAUAUUGAUGAGUGCAGUGAAGGUACAUCAGGUUGUAAUCAGUUAUGUUCUAAUACUCUUGGAAGCUACACUUGCAGUUGUCACAAUGGGUAUGAGCUGGACACAGAUAAUCAUACCUGUAUUGAUAUUGAUGAAUGUCUUACUAAUAAUGGAGGAUGUGAACAUACUUGUGUAAAUACUAAUGGUAAUUACUAUUGCCUCUGUAACUACAGUUAUGUGUUGAAUCAUGACAGGCAUCAGUGUGAUGAUGUCAAUGAAUGUGCUAAUGGUAACAAUGCUUGUAACCACAUCUGUAUCAAUACUAUUGGAUCAUACUACUGUGACUGCAAUUCUGGAUAUCAUCUUAUAAGCAAUCAAAGAUACUGCAUAGACACUAAUGAGUGCUCAACAAAUAACGGUGGCUGUCAACAGCACUGCCAUAACACAGUUGGAAGCUAUUAUUGCUCUUGUUGGUCUGGAUAUUAUUGGGAUACUACAACUAACAGAUGUGAAGAUAGGAAUGAGUGUUCUUCAAGUUAUAGCAAUAGAUGUUAUCAAAAUUGUCACAAUACAGAAGGGAGUUAUUAUUGUAGUUGCAGAACAGGAUUCAGAUUAUCUUAUGGCUAUCGUUGCUAUGAUAUUAAUGAGUGUGCAAGUAACAAUGGUGGAUGUGAACAGCAUUGUAAAAAUACUGAUGGAUCUUAUUACUGUGAAUGCAAUGUAACUGAUGGCUAUGCUCUUGAUGGAGAUAAUCAUGGGUGCUCACGAAAUUGUAGCACUGAUCCUCUUGUCUGCCAGCAAGUUUGUCAUAGUCAAAAUGACCUCUUGAAUUGUUCAUGCUAUCCUGGCUACAGGCUAAGUGACGAUGGAAGAACUUGUGAAAAGAUUUAUUUCUGUUCAGAAAAUACAACAAACUGUAAUCAGAUUUGUACUAAUAUGAAUAAUAGUUUUAUUUGCUCAUGUAAUGAUGGCUAUGAACUACAAAAUGACAAUGCUACAUGUCAGGAUAUUAAUGAG